UUCCCCUUCCUCCCCAAACGAGCCUUCGAGGAGAGAAAUCACAGACAGGGAGAGAGAUGGGGAGGUCUCCUUGCUGUGAGAAAGCUCACACCAACAAAGGGGCCUGGACUAAAGAGGAGGAUGAGAGGCUCAUCGCUCACAUCCGUACUCACGGCGAAGGAUGUUGGCGUUCUCUCCCCAAGGCCGCCGGCCUUCUUCGCUGUGGCAAAAGCUGUCGUCUUCGUUGGAUCAACUAUCUCCGCCCUGACCUCAAGCGGGGGAACUUCACCGACGAUGAGGAUGAGCUCAUCAUCAAACUUCAUAGCCUCCUUGGCAACAAAUGGUCUUUGAUUGCUGGAAGACUACCAGGAAGAACGGACAAUGAGAUCAAGAACUACUGGAACACUCAUAUACGAAGGAAGCUCCUCAACAGGGGAAUAGAUCCCGCGACACAUCGUCCUGUUUCCACCGCCUCGGCUUCAAAUCUCACCAUGUCUUUCAGUAGUGGCAGUUCUGUGAAGGAUAAGAGAGUUGACAGAAUAUCUGCUUUGCUGCCGCGUUGUCCUGAUCUGAAUCUUGAUCUCUGCAUCAGCCCUCCAUUAGAGGAGCAGAUGCAGCAGGAUUUGCUGAUAGAGGAGAGUAACUGCGGAGGUGAGUUUCUUAGGCUAGGAAGCAGCUUUCUGCUUGAUUACAGAAGCUUGGAGAUGAAGUGAAGGAGAGCUGAGGAUAAGCUAAUUUUCUUUAUUUGCUUGUUUCAUAUGUUGGAAAGAUAUAUAAAGAGGAAGGGAGAAGGAUCCUUGCAGAUGAGGAAAUUCUCCCUGGAUCUAUUGAAGGGAUCCCAACCCUUUUCUUAAUCUCUAUUAGUGUAAUUAUACUCAGAACUAUAAUUAUUUCUACAGCCGUAUACAGAAUAGAAUUACAGUUCUAAAUUUUUUUAGGAGAGCUUAGCUAUUUCAUGCAUGCUUGCAACUCUGAAUACAAUUCAAAA